AUGGUUUGGAAUGAACGUCGUGCUUAUCGGACUAGAAUACUAGCUGAAAAAGAGUCCCAACGAAGAGAAGCCGCCGUGGCUCAAGCUCUAAAGUCUCUGCCUGAAUCCACAUCUAAAUCUACUUUUGCAACUCCUGCACCAACUUUCAAUUCAACUCCAUUAUCAACUCCUUCUAAACCAUUACCAUAUUUGGAAAGACUGCACCAGGAAAACCAAAAACGCCGGGAAGAGCGAGAAAAAGAAGAGAUAGAGAUAGAAAAACGAAAAGAAGAGAAACUUCGCCAGCGAGUAGAAUGGAAGCGCAAAUUCCAAAAACGCACUCGUAAAGGCCAAGUGCCUCUUGAUCAUCGCGUCAAUUACAUAUACAAGAAGAUCAAAAAAUCACCUUCUAAUCUAUAA